AUGACGCUCCCGUCAAUCCGUACUUCUACUGAGAAGCUGGAUGCCAUUGCCAUUGAGGUGACCGAUGUCGACGAAGAAACCUAUUCCCUGUUCAGCCAUGCACUUCCUUCAACCAACCUCGGCAUGGUUGAUGCGAAAUCGAGCAUGAUCACCAUCGAAGUUGCAGGGAACACAUACGAGAUACGCCAAAGUCCUGGUCUGCUGACCUCCUCCAACUCUGAGGGUACUACCGGUGCAGCCUUGUGGAAGAUCUCUCCUCUUAUUGCGGAAUGGCUUGCGGAUCGUGAUAAUGCUCUACGGACCACUAGCAUUCUGCAUGCUCAGGCUACAGUCAUCGAAUUAGGAUGUGGCAUAACUGGACUCAUUGGUCUCGCUCUGUCUCGUCUGGUCGCAACGUACAUUCUGACUGACCAGAAAUCCGUCCUCAAGCUACUGCAAGAGAACAUCAGGACCAACCUGUCGUCCCUCAACCGUGACAAAAAUGCCUCACGUUCUUCGCAGAAGCACAAAGCCUCCUCAAGAAACAACCCCGACGUACGUGCCAUUGAGUUAAAUUGGGAAACUGAUGGAAUUGACGUAUUGAACGAUGCCCUACCAGUUGAUCAGUCUAUUGACCUUGUGGUUGUCUGUGAUUGUGUUUUCAACGAUUUCUUGCUUGAGCCCCUCGUGACUAUGUGCACCAAGUUGUGCUCAAGGCAUAGAGAAACACCCACCAUCUUGCUUAUCGCUCAGCAACUCCGUUCCGAUGAGGUCUUCUCAGCUUUUUUGACUAUUCUUUCACGUAGCUUUCGUGUCUGGCGAUUCUCCGACAACUACCUGCCCGACUCACUACAAGAAGGGACGGGAUUUGCUACACAUGUUGCCGUACUAAAGUGA